AUGGCGCAGUCAACAGAUCACUCCUUUGUUCAUCUGGACGAGACUCUUUGCAUUUAUGCAUCACCUACUGCCAAUUUCCUUCCCUACGUUCCAUCUCCGGAUGAUGUCCUUCGUGCUAGCAUGCACCCCCGUGAAACCCUUGUUCCACAUUGGGUUUCUGCCGCCUACUCCUACAUUGGUUUUACACCACUGGAAAUCAAAUCUGAUGGCCUACUCACUGGUUGCUUGAAACUUCCCUCCAAAAUUCCGCUUGAAAAAAUUGACAGCGUCUAUUAUCUUGAAAAAAAAGUACGCGUGUCAUGGGCAAGGCUUGAAGACAGUAUCACUCGAGCAAUGUACUAUCUUGAGCAAUUACAGCCAAUUCUUUGGCCCCUUGACUGCGAGACAUACCCCUAUAUUAAAAACUUUGGAUACCUCAAGGGGCACCAGAGUGAAGCUAAAGCAUCCAAGGCUGCUUUGGUCUCCCGUUUUGCCUUCAUUCCCUUCUUUGGCCUUUGUUCUUUUGUCCUGGCGAUGUUUAGCAAAGGAAAGUGUUUAGGAGAUCCUCACCCACCUUGGGCUCGUGUACUGCAAGACUCUUGCAGAGUUCAUCCAGAAUGGGUUAAAAAUCUAUGA